UAUACAGGUCACACAUCAGAGUGGGGAAUAUUACAUAGUCUGUUAUUCUCACAAUAAUUCACAGAUGAACUGUUACUGUACUGACUAGACAGUCAUCAAAUUUUAAUGACUCCUGUAUUAAAUUAGGUCAACAAGUUACCCUCUGUUGUAUGUAAUUGAAUUUUAUAAUUUAUACAUUUAUUUUUUGAAUUUGUGGAUAUUGUUUUAUAACAUUUUGGUUGACUAGUGAACUGGCAUGGGGGGGUCGGGGGGUUUGUGUAGAUUACAAAGUGUUAAAUAGAUUACAUUGUUUUAAGGCACAUUUAUGUCCCUGUUGUACAGUUUAAAAAAAAUCCGAAAGAUCACUGUUCAGCUUUACAUAUUUCCUGAGGUCAAUCAGUUCUGUUGCCCUGAAAUCAAAAUAAUAUGUUGCCGUGCCAUUUGAUAUACAUUUAUAACUGACUUCCUAAAUGACAUGCUUAUUCUGCCUAUGCGGAGCCCUGUGCGCAUGCGCACCCUCCCUGAAAACCACAUGCAUCUGCCCGCUCUACUCUCUCCAGUGUGAGGGCAGAGAAAUGCGCACACCGCAGCAUAUAUGCGCCCAGGUCCCAGCCAAACCGGCGGUAGCUUCACACAUCCCUGACCCGUCUGUCAGUACAAUGGGUUAAAGGGAAUAUGGCAAACUUUGAUACACUUUGCAUAUUAUGGGAAAUGCCCUGCGUUGUCUGGAGAGCUGUGCUGCCGAGCGGCUGAAUUGAGAUCACAAUAACACAGAGACUUGUGAGAGAAGAGGGGACCUGAUUCCAGUCAUUUCUAUCCCAGCUCCUCACCCACUUUGGUUGUGAGAGAUGAUCACGGAGCUUGUGUGCACCGCCGUGGCUGUGGGUCUCUAUCUGAACACGCUGGACGCAGAUUUCUGCUACGAUGACAGCCGAGCCAUCAAGACCAACCAAGACCUCCUCCCUGAAACUCCGUGGACAAACAUCCUGUACGAUGACUUCUGGGGCACCCUGCUCACUCACAGCGGCAGUCACAAGUCCUUCCGUCCACUCUGCACCCUCUCCUUCCGCCUCAACUACACCCUGCACGGCCUGCGUCCCUGGGGCUACCACCUGGUGAACGUGGUCCUGCACGGCCUGGUCACUGCCCUCUUCACGGCCUUCAGCCGCCCGCUGCUGGGCGGAGAACUGUGGAGCCUGCUGGCUGGCGCUCUGGCUGUCCUUCUUUUUGCUUCUCAUCCGGUGCACACGGAAGCGGUUGCUGGUGUGGUGGGGAGGGCUGACGUUGGCGCUGCAUUGUUUUUCUUGAUGUCACUUUACUGCUACAUGAGACACUGUGGACUCCGCAGGGAUGCCCACGGGUCCUUUCACACCAAGCAAUGUGUUGGCAGAUCAGUCACCUGGUGCUGGGGCUGGAUGCUUGGCAGCCUGUUGUGUGCAGCAGCCAGCAUGCUGUGGAAGGAGCAGGGGGUGAUGGUGCUGGCUGUGUCAGCUGUGUACGACCUCUUUGUGUUCCAGAGACUCUGGUUUCGCCAGGCACUUCUGCUCUUGUUAGGAAAGAGAAAGAACAUCAGUGUUUUGCUGAGUCUUACUGUGCUGGCUUCCUGGGGAGUGAUUCUCCUGUCAGCUCGCCUCUAUUGGAUGGGCAAUAAACCUCCCAACUUCUCCAAUUCUGACAACCCUGCAGCUGAUUCACCACAUUUCCUCACUCGAAUGCUGACUUUCUUUCACCUGCCCGCCGCCAACGCCUGGCUCCUGCUCUGCCCCGACAAGCUCAGUUUUGAUUGGUCUAUGGAUGCUGUGCCCUUGGUCAGAUCGCUGGCUGACUGGAGGAACCUUCACACUGUUGCCUUCUAUUGUGGAUUUAUUCUCCUUGCUUUGUUUGGCCUUCGUGGCCCAACCUCCAAAGCCAAGGAGAUCAAUGGGAAAGCUCAUGUCACUAAUGGGAAAUCAGUCACUAAUGGGAAUGGUUAUCAUGCACUUGACACAAACCUUAACACUGACCACAGUCUGCCCAAGACCAUCAACGGGUCAGCUGGGCUUCAUCACCUCCCUCCACAGACAUCCCUGCCCCCCACAGAAAACCUAGUUCUAUUUUCAUUAGGUAUCCUGUCAUUGCCUUUCAUCCCAGCCACCAACCUAUUCUUUUAUGUAGGUUUUGUAAUUGCUGAGAGAGUACUAUACAUCCCCAGUAUAGGCUUCUGUUUACUAGUUGCUGCUGGUGCAAGAACCUCAUAUGUCAGACUGAGAACUAGAGGCUGCAAGACAUUACUGUUGUGUCUCUGCACUGGAUUGGUGCUGCUGAAUGGACUCAGAACUGUUCAAAGAAACCGUGACUGGAGCAAUGAGGAGAAUCUCUACAAGUCUGGGAUCAAUGUGAAUCCUGCUAAAGCCUGGGGGAACUUGGGGAACGUACUGAAGAACCAGGGCAAGAUGGUGGAGGCAGAGAAGGCUUACAGAAAUGCUCUGCACUACCGAGGGAACAUGGCGGACAUGCUGUAUAACUUAGGUUUGCUGCUGCAGGAAAAUGAGCAUUUUUCUGAUGCGCUGCAUUAUUACAAAUUGGCCAUUAGGAGUCGGCCAACGCUGGCAUCGGCCUACUUGAACACAGGAAUCAUCCUAAUGAACCAGGGCAGCCUGGAAGAGGCCAAACGCACCUUCCUUACUUGUGCUGACAUUCCUGAUGAGAACUUGAAGGACCCCCAUGCCCACAAGAGCUCUGUCACCAGCUGCCUCUACAACCUGGGAAAACUGCUUCAUGAGCAGGGCCAGCAGGAGGAGGCCCUGUCUAUGUAUAAGGAAGCAGUGCAGAGAAUGCCCAGACAGUUUGCACCACACAGCCUUUUCAACAUGAUGGGGGAGGCCUACAUGAAGCUGGACAGGCUGGAGGAAGCAGGCCACUGGUACAGAGAGUCCCUGAGGGCCAAGCCAGACCAUAUCCCUGCUCACCUUACAUAUGGCAAACUCUUAUCCAUCAUUGGGCAGAAGACAGAAGCAGAGAAAUACUACCUGAGAGCUAUUCAACUAGACCCAACGAAAGGAAACUGCUACAUGCACUAUGGUCAGUUUCUGCUGGAGCAAUCUCGUCUUGGCGAGGCUGCAAAGAUGGCGGAGAAAGCUGCGGAGCUGGACAGUUCAGAGUUUGAUGUGGUCUUCAGUGCUGCUCACAUGCUCAGACAGGCCAGUCUAAACGAGGCAGCAGAGAGGCUGUAUGAACACGCAGCCAGCCUCAGACCAGAAUACCCUGCUGCUCUGAUGAACCUCGGUGCCAUCCUCCAUCUGAAUGGGAAGCUUCCCGAAGCAGAGGCCAACUACCUGCGCGCGCUCCAGCUCAAACCUGACGAUGUCAUUACCCAGUCCAACCUGCGCAAGCUGUGGAACAUCAUGGAGAGGCAGGGACUCAGGACUAAACAUGGGCUCGGGAUACAGAAGACUGAUCUUUGAACAGAGAGCGUCGCUGCACUGCUCCCUCAAAGAUGAUGUACUGUCCUCCAGAGAAUAAAGCAGGACAGGAUAUGGAAGAGGUGGAGGCUCAAAGCUCUCUGUCCAAAUCUGAGUUGUUGCCUGUGUUGUUUAUGGAGCACAGUUUGAAGCCUGGCAUGUUUGGGAUUCAAAAAGUCACCGCCAGUGCUGUAUGGUGACGAAAAACUACUAAAACUGUUACCUUAUAUAAGAAUUUAUAAUGUGAUACUCAAUUGUUAAAUUAUACAAGGCAAAAUACAUAGGUAAAUAAUUGCAAGGUUUUAAAAAAGCAUCUUGAGAACAAAGGUCUCCAAUAUCAGCUGAUAAGUUUAAUUCAAAACCUGGGAAUGUUUUAGAGCACUUAACUGAACGAGGAUAUUUCAAAUGUAUUUAAAUAAUUUCUUUAGAACGGGUUGCCAACACUAAUGAGUGAGGGAUGGUUUUGCUGUCGUUCAUGAAGCCAGCUGGUUUGUCUUAAAGAGGAGCUCCACUGAUUUUACCUGCCAAAGUCUGUUUACAAAAAGUGUUUGUGGCUACGGAGAGAGGUCCAUGAUAAACGGCCUCAAGUGAUGUCACUUCAGUCAGAGUUUGCUGGGGUUGAAGAAUACAAGUAAAAAAAAAUAAAAAAUUAAAUGCAGUUACAAAGAAGUAAACAUAAUAGGUCCCUGUAGACUGCUUUUCAUCGCUGUCAGCUUGAGGGUCCAGACACUAUUAGCAUGACCACAUGAAACAGUUGCAUUAUGGUUUUGACAAGAAAGAGAAGAAGGAAUUAUUUUGCUAAGCUCUCCAAAAGAGCUGUAGGACUGUAGCGCUAAGUUGGUGGAUUACUCUCAAAAAAUCCAAUCCCUGAUCAUUUCCUCUCAGGGUGAUCUAGCCUUGGACUUCUACUAAAAGCAUUUAAAGCAUGCCAGUGCAUAGAUGUUCUUCAGGUACUACCCUCUAAUACAGUGCUGUACAGUACCAUGCUCCAGCUAAGUAAAAGAACAGGUGAAAGCAUAACGCAUAGCCAGUCAUAUUCUGUCAUCCAAGUCACUUAAGACUGCUUGCACCAUAAAUGCUCGUGGCUGUAGACAUGGGAAUGAAGGAUGAGAAGAAUCAUCAGCGGUGCCAAAGCAUGUACUGAGUCCACGCCUCAUGCCAGACAAGAACUGUUGUCACAUAUGUGUUGUGUUCCUUGUGACAAGUGAAGAUGUUUCAUUUCAUGUGAUCAAAUGAUCAGUUAAUUUAUUAAUGUGUUACUUUAUGUGAAAAUGCUGACACUGUGCCAUUUCACUGUCAUUAGCCCACCCUCCCAUUUCCUUACAUAGAUAGGCAACAUGGCAGUUACAUUACAGUGUUUUCUACAUGUAUUUUUCUCUCUGCUCAGGGAUAUCAGGUUGUGAUUCCUGUCACAGAAUGGAUUUGUGACACAGAGAGCAUGAUUUUAGAUGUUUUUGAUGAUUUGUGAUUUCUGGUUAAACUAUAGAAAAUGUGUAGCUGAAAAUGUGUUAUGUUUUGUAAAGAAAAGUAAACCUUUUUCCAUAAUAAAAACAUGGUUUUGCGCACAGCAGAGUGAUGUUAUAUAACAUAAUUCAGUCAGUCAACCUACAUGGAUCAGAUGUAUAUUUAUGACAAUACUGUGUAUGUACAGAGUGGGACUGACAGUAAUACCAGUAAUACUGGGUCCAAGUUUUGGACCUGAUUUUGUUCCACGUCUUCAUUAAUACUCUGAUUUUCAUGCAGGUUGUGCAGUCAGACCUAAUGAGUUCAUGUGGACCACCUUGUGGUUCUGGCUUUUCCUGCCCUGAUUUGUUCUUUGCCAGUAGCCUGAUAGUUUAUGUCUACAGAUUAAUA